UCUUCUUAAGCCCAGGCUCUACUUUGUCCCUCCAAGUUAGCUAUAGCUAGCCAGACACACACAUUGUGCGCUGAACCCAAGUAUGAAAGCGACGACACGUCAAGGCGCCGGCGCGGCCGGGGGUCUACCUCUACCGGCCGUGAAGACGAAGAAGAAGAGGAAGGACGGUGGCGGGUUCUUUUGGGGCUGCGGCGGCUCCAAGUCGGUGUGCGUCGCCGCCGGCAAUCUCUCCUCGGCUGCCAUGAAGCCGCUGACGAAGUCGUCGAAGCCAGCGUCCGAAGCAAAGACGACGACGGCCGAGGCGCAGGUCUCGUUUCAGGACACCGAGGGCGCGCCGAGCGUGGACGCGCUUCUGCGGCAGCUCCGCGAGCUGGAGCGCGGCGUGCGAGCGCUGGGCAUCCGGGACCGGGAGGACAGCGCGUACCGCAGCUCGCAGGCGUGCUGGUGCAGCGGGAGGCUCCCGCCACCGCCGCGGCGGCACCGGACGGGCACGAGCGAGGUGUUUGGAGGAUCGGCAUCUGCAGCAGCCGGACGCGGGCGGCUGGAGGAGGAGAGCGUGGCGGUGGUGACGGAGACGGAGGACCCGCUGGGCGAGUUCCGGCGGUCGAUGGCCGAGAUGGUGGCGGAGAACGGGAUCACGGGCGGCGCGGAGCUGCGGCAGCUGCUGCAGCGGUUCCUGUCGCUCAACUCGAAGCGCCACCACCACCUCAUCCUCCUCGCCUUCGCCGACGUCUGGGAGGAGCUCUUCGCCGGGUCCCGGACCGGCGACGGCCGCCCACACGCUUCGUCGAAGCAGAAGCAUCUGCCUUCCAGCAGUCGAUCUGGCGAGCUAGCUAGUUAGCUAACGUCCACGCAGCUGCACUGCGCCGAGCACGUACUUACUGACACGUUAACUACAGUUCGUAAACUCCGACCACUGGACCUCGGGAAUUGUUGCCGUCCGAUGCGAUGGAAACAUACAUACGCCCGCGUCGUGUGGCAUGGCAUGGCGUGGUUUCCUGUGCCAUGACCAGACGAAACCUGUGGCUCUCCUGAAUCUGACUAAAAUCUCUGUAAUGCAUCGUCAAUUCGUCAUACGUUUCCUGUGAAUGUUGCGUGGCAUACAACAA